AUGUCCAAAGUGAAGGUGCGUGAUUCUGCAUUAAACGCAAUCAAACGAUAUGUUUUAAUCAGCAAAAAUGAUGCGUUGGCAUUGGACAAAGAAGCAGUAGAAACGUAUCUUCAGCUUCUCGAGGAGCAGUGGGUCAGAUUCGCUGACGCUCAACAAGAAGUAGAGUUGUUGUGCGGCGAAGAAAGUGCGCCGGUUGAAGAGCAAUCUCGCACACAGGCAGAAGAGUGGUACAUCACAGCGAAGGCGAAUUUUAAACGCCUCAUCGGAAGCCCUGAGCAACCGCGCCCUUCCACAUCAACAAGUUUCACGUCCUCGCCAGUUCAACUGCCCAAGUUACAGCUGCCGACUUUCAGUGGAGACCCUACAAAUUGGUUAGCCUUUUUCGACGCGUUCCAGUCGCUCGUACACACGAACGCGAGUUUGUCUGCUAGUCAAAAAUUGCAUUAUUUGCGCAAUUGUCUUCAAGGUGAGGCGCUCCAACUUGUAAGCAGUCUACAGAUUUGUGAUGGCAACUACAAUGCUGCGUGGGAUCUACUCACCACGCGUUACAAGGUUUUGCGUGUCAUGGUUGAUGGUCACUUCAAAGCAAUUUUUGCAAUUGAAAAGGCAUCUCGAGAUACUGGUAAGGCCAUUAAGCAAGUUUUAAACGCUACCAUGCAACACGUUGGCUCGCUACGUGCUUUAGGUCGGCCUGUGGAGUUUUGGGACGAUUGGCUUGUCCACCUUACCGUUUCGAAGUUGGCUUACGAAACCCGGAAACAAUGGGAGCUGUCAUUGGUGAGGGAUGUUUUACCUACUUUUGAAGAGUUGGUCGAGUUUUUGGAAACACGUGCGCGUUCGCUAGAGAUGGUACCGACGAGUGGUGCGCUGUCAACCUCAGCGCAAGGAGCGCGCCAGCUCAGCAAAACUGCGGCGAAGACUACAACAAACGUGCUCCAUGCGAUUGGUGAGCAACACACCUCCUCAUCCAACCUGGUUGAUGCAGGAGCCAGUUCACCCUCAUGUUUCCAUUGCAACGCCAAACACAAAAUUUACGCCUGCCCAACUUUCCGUAAAUUAAAUGCUGCUGCCCGGUUUGCAUUGGUCAAGAAACAUAAUGUUUGUCUCAACUGUCUGAGCAAAGGCCACUUUCAAGCAAAAUGUCGCAGUUUAUCAACUUGUAACAUAUGCCGUCGUCGUCAUCAUACAUUACUACACGGCUGCCGCGAAGAUAACACGACCAGCGAUGAGCUGAAUGUACACGCUUCUCCGUUUGUAAAGCAGCAAGGCAAUCUACUUGUGCAACAAUCGACUACGUCAUCUACAAUCGAUGACUCUACUACGGCGCGUAUACAUAAUGCUAGCUCGGAUGUACCGCAUUCUGGUUGCGUAGCAUCUCACGUCGCUGAAGCCGACAAGGCCAUUUUAUUGGCAACCGCAGAAAUAUAUUUGCAAGAUCAUGCAGGGCGAUGGCAACCUGCUCGGGUGUUGUUUGACAACGGCUCACAUGCAUCCUUCGUGACAGAGGCCUGUAUUCAACGCCUCCGUCUACAAAGGAAACCUUCGGCAGCUCAUGUCACAGGUAUUGGUUCAACAGAUGGCGGUAAAGUUAAGGGUGAGACUAUUCUUUCACUUGCGCCCCGAUCUCUUGACCAGCAUUUCACAAUCAACUCGCUUAUUUUAUCGAAGAUUACAAACGAUCUUCCCAGCGUUUGUGUACAGAUGUCGUCUUGGCCGCACUUACGAAAUCUUGCUCUUGCUGAUCAGCAUUACGCCAAACCUGGUCCUAUUGAUGUGUUAAUAGGGAUGGAUGAGAUGGAUAAAUUCCUGUUAACCGGUCUCUGCAAAGGGCCACCUGACACACCCAUGGCGCAAAACACAGUUUUCGGUUGGGUACUUUUCGGAAAGGCCAUGCGUUCAUCCAGCCCAAGUGCGGGAGUUUUAUCCCUGCACUGUGAUGUGCAACUCAUCCGAAUGGUGAGUAAGUUUUGGGAGCUCGAUAGUUUCCCCCCAAGCGAUACUUAA